CCCCGCGCCGCGCCGCCGCGCCGUCCAGGCACCGCUUGAUGGGGGUCAACAGCACCGCCGCCGCCGCCGCCGCCGGGCAGCCCAAUGUCUCCUGCACGUGCAACUGCAAGCGCUCUUUGUUCCAGAGCAUGGAGAUCACGGAGCUGGAGUUCGUGCAGAUCAUCGUCAUCGUGGUGGUGAUGAUGGUCAUGGUGGUGGUGAUCACGUGCCUGCUGAGCCACUACAAGCUGUCGGCCCGCUCCUUCAUCAGCCGGCACAGCCAGGGCCGGAGGAGGGACGACGGGCUCUCCUCUGAAGGAUGCCUCUGGCCCUCAGAGAGCACGGUGUCAGGCGGCGGAAUCCCCGAGCCACAGGUCUACACGGCACCACGGCCCGCUGACCGCCUGGCUGUGCCUGCCUUCGCCCCCCGGGACCGCUUCCACCGCUUCCAGCCCACCUACCCCUACCUGCAGCACGAGAUCGACCUGCCACCCACCAUCUCACUGUCCGAUGGAGAGGAGCCCCCACCCUACCAGGGCCCCUGCACCCUCCAGCUGCGGGACCCUGAGCAGCAGCUGGAGCUGAACCGAGAGUCAGUGCGCGCACCGCCCAACCGAACCAUCUUCGACAGUGACCUGAUGGACAGCGCCAUGCUGGGUGGCCCCUGUCCCCCCAGCAGUAACUCCGGCAUCAGUGCCACGUGCUACGGCAGCGGCGGGCGCAUGGAGGGGCCACCCCCCACCUACAGCGAGGUCAUCGGCCACUACCCCGGCUCCUCCUUUCAGCACCAGCAAAGCAGCGGGCCGCCCUCCCUGCUGGAGGGGACCCGGCUCCACCACUCCCACAUGGCACCCCUGGAGAGCAAAGAGAAGGAGAAACAGAAAGGACACCCCCUCUAGGCUCCCAGGGCGGGCCAGGGCUGCGUGGGGCAGAAGGCAAACACUCCGCACUUCUAGAAGAGAAGAGAGAGGAGGGCAGGGCGACACACGGGAAGUGCAGCGUGUGACACCCCCACCUCUCUGUGUAUAAAUAUUUACGUGUAAUGUCUGGUCUGAAUGCACAAGCUCAGAAAGCUUGCAAAAAACAAAACAACAAAAAAACCACGUUUCUUUGUUGAGCCGUGUCUUGAAGGCAAAAGAAAAAAAAAAUUCUACAGUAGUCUUUUUUUUGUUCCAGUUGAGCUACGUGCGUGAAUGCUUAAUUUUCUUUUGUUUAUGAUGAUUUCACUUAACUUUAAAGACAUAUUUGCACAAAACCUUUGUUUAAAGAUCUGCAAUAUUAUAUAUAUAAAUAUAUAUAAAAUGAGAGAAACUGUAUGUGCGAGGGCAGGAGUAUUUUUGUAUUAGAAGAGGCUUAUUAAAAAAAAGUUGUUUUCUGAACUAGAAGAGGAAAAAAUGGCAAUUUUUGAGUGCCAACUCAAAAAGUGUGUAUUACCUUGUAAAGAAAAAAAUUACAAAGCAGGGGUUUAGAGAUAUUUAUAUAAAUGUUGAGAUUUUGCACUAUUUUUUAAUAUAACUAUGUCAGUGCUUGUUUGAUGGAAACUUCUGUCGUGUCUCUGGAGAGUCAAGGGAGAAAGGUCAGAGUUUGGGAGUCAGGUCAGGCAGCGGAGCCCCGCCCGCCUGUGCUCCGGGGCCCCCUUGAGGCCGCCUCUGCCCGGAGAUAAGUGGGUGCCAAGCUAGACAUUCUCUGCCGAAGGGGAUUCGCGUUCUCCCUCUGGGCCGGAAUAGCCUUUGGGAUGCAGAGCAAUCCAAAGUCACCCCAGAGGCACCUGGGUCCAGGUGGUGGUUUUUGCCUUUCCCAAAAUGAAAAAUAAACUGUUACUGAAGGAA